AUGGCUGGCGUGUCCACGGCGAGUUUCCGCGGCGCCUUGCGGGCCCCGAUCGCCGGCGGCAGGCCCUCGCGCCUGGCCGUCCGAGCGGCUUCGGGCUCGGGCGAGUGGCAGAAGGUGUGCACGCGGAAGGAGCUCAGCGAGGGCGGGGGACGGGUGCGGGCCAAGGUCGGCGGGGAAAAGGUGUUCGUGCAGGAGUUCGAGGGCCAGCUGUACUGCCUGUCCAACGUCUGCACGCACCUCAGCCUGCCGCUCGUGGGCCGGACGCCGAUCCUGCAGGGCCAGAUUGUUGAAGGAUGUAUGGAGUGCCCACUGCAUAAGACGCGCUUCGAUCUGAAGACUGGGGAAGUCAAGGGCGAAUGGGCGCCCACAUUUCCUGAAAUCCCUUUCGUUGGUAAAGGGGAUCCGAAGCCGCUUCCCACUUUCAGUGUCCGGGAGAAUGAAGAUGGCACGAUCGAAGCACUGAUUUGA